UUACAGAGGUUUAUGUUGUAGCAACAAGGUUAUUCGUUUUAGUUUUGUGUGUGUCGCUGUCUGCUGCACCUGACGCACCAAUUCAGUGCAUUUUCCAGCAGAGAUCAUUGUGAGAUUGCAGAUCGGGAGGAUGACAGCUCGAGUGUAUUGCUCGUUGAUUGCUGUUUUGUUGUGUCUGUCUGGAUCCUUGAGCAUUACAGAUGCUACUCCAGGAAAGACCACAGCAACGCCUGGAGAGUGUCCACCCCAAUCAUCUGGAAUAAAAUCGUGUACCACGUCCUGUAACAGUGACUCUAACUGUCCCAACAAUGAGAAGUGCUGCAGCAAUGGAUGUGGACGUUACUGUACGGCUCCAUAUAAAGUGAAGCCGGGUCACUGUCCCAAACCGAAGAAGAUUCAAGCAUGUGCUGAAAGCUGUUUCCAUGAUGGCCAGUGUCCUGCCACACAGAAAUGUUGCCCAACCACCUGUGGCCAUGCAUGCAGUGAACCACAUGGUCAGGGAAGAGGUCAAGGAAAUGGUCGGGGAAGUGGUCCAGGGCGGGGAAGUGGGCGGGGAAGUGGUCCAGGGCAGGGAAAUGGUCGGGGAAGUGGUUGGCAAAGUGGUCCUGGUUGGGGAAGUGGUUGGGGAAGUAGUCAGGGAAAUGGUAGGGGAAGUGGUAGGGGAAGUGGUCAAGGAAGUGGUUGGGAAAGUGGUCCUGGUUGGGGAAGUGGUUGGGGAAGUAGUCAGGGAAAUGGUAGGGGAAGUGGUAGGGGAAGUGGUCAAGGAAGUGGUUGGGAAAGUGGUCCUGGUUGGGGAAGUGGUUGGGGAAGUGGCUGGGGAAGUAGUCAGGGAAGUGGUCCAGGUCAGGGAAGUGGUCAGGGAAGUGGCUGGGGAAGUAGUCAGGGAAGUGGUCAGGGAAGUGGUCAAGGUAAAGGAAGUGGUCGGGAAAGUGGUCAUGGUAAAGGAAGUGGUCGGGAAAGUGGUCAUGGUCGGGGAAGUGUUAAGGGAAGUAGUCAAGGAAGUGGUCAAGGUCAGGAAAGUGGUUGGGCAAGUGGUCAUGGUCAGGGAAGUAGUCAAGGUCAGGAAAGUGGUUGGGCAAGUGGUCAUGGUCAAGGAAGUGGUCAAGGUCAGGAAAGUGGUUGGGCAAGUGGUCAUGGUCAGGGAAGUGGUUGGGGAAGUGGCUGGGGAAGUAGUCAAGGUCAGGGAAGUGGCUGGGGAAGUAGUCAAGGUCAAGGAAGUGGUCAGGAAAGUGGUCCUGGUUGGGGAAGUGGCUGGGGAAGUAGUCAGGGAAGUGGUCCAAUUCAGUGCUUUAUUCAUAUGGCAUGUUUUCCAUGUUUGCUCAAACAGUUAAGAGAUUUCUGUCUUUCUCUUGGCCCC